AUGCAAGAUGCAUUCUUCGCUUCGAACUCGUGCCGCACCUGCCGCCAAAAGCGGGUCAAGUGUGACAGACGCUUGCCCGCGUGCCUGCGCUGCUCCUCCCUGAAGCUCCGAUGUGAGGGGUAUGAGCGACCAAAAAGGCUGGUGUGGACUCAUAGCAUGGCUAGCAGGGGCAAGCUUAUGGGCAAGGCCACUUUCACUCCAGUAAAUGGAAGUUUAUCAGAGGUGUCUUGGCGGUCGCCGGAUGAAGACGAGCCCAUGGAGUCAGGUUCGGAGACUGGCCCAUCAUCUUCGAUUAUUCCUUGGUCCCUCGUAGAGCCGGACAUGCAAGACCUGUCCCCGGAAUGCAGGAAGUACAUUCGUUACUUCGAUCUGGAUCUUUCCAGAGAAUCUGUGGUCUAUGAUCGGCCAUCAACCAACCCUUUCUUGGCUUUGAUGCCCUUGAUAUCGAAAAGCCGGGCCUUCUUACACGCUGUCAUUUCAAUUUCUGCAUUUCACUGCACCCAUCGAAUGGUCAUCAGCCACGGGCAAAUGCCGUCCGGGAGCCUGUUAUCGCAUAAGCCUGAGAAUCUCGGGCCAUGGUAUCUCUGGCAGGAUCAUAGUUGGCAAAUGGGCCAACCCAGCUUUCGAGAAUCACUACAGACAGCAUUGUUGCACAAACAAAACGCCCUGCAUUGUCUUAAGCAGGAGGUUCAUGAUGAUCCCACAAGGAACAGUGACGCAGUCGUAGCAGCAGUUAUUCUCUUCGUUUGCAUGGAUGUUGUGGAAUUUGGAAGCCAUGGCUGGAAUCACCAUCUCCGGGGUGCUCAAGAGAUGGUACGGAGCCGGAGAUUAUCUGACAUUAGCGAAGAUAACGAAGCCGCGCCGUGGUUGAAAUAUUUUGACACCGCAUGCACGACCUUUGGGAUCUUGGGGGCCACUCUUGCACCGGCCUUGAACCCCCCUACCAACCAAUAUCCCAUAAUGGACCCGUUGUUUCUCCAGAACCUUCGGAAUUCCGAAAACCAAACGUGGGUCGGUUGUCCUGCAGAGCUGCUCUACGUCCUCUCUGGCAUCAAUUCCAUGCGCUCGCUGCAUCAUAUGAACGUGGAAAGACGACAAGCCUUAUCAGAUCUACUCCAAGCCUUGCUCAAUUUCUCGCCAUUGGCGUGGGCUCAAGAUUUUCCAGAUAUCCAGUACCACGAGUCCCGCUCUCAUCUUGCCCAUGCUUACAAAGCGGGCGUUGAGGUAUACGCAUCACACAUCAUCGGCGCACCUCCUGGCCAUCAUUACUUAUCGUACCCCCACGUGGUCGAAAUAAUGAGGCCCGCGAUGCUCCACCUCCUUGCUGUUCCUGCCGAAGAUUUCCAUAUCAAGAGCUUGGUGUGGCCGGCCUUCAUCCUCGGCGCUGAGGCACAAGAUCUCGAGCUCCGAACAAUGGCACGCACAGUAUUUCAACGUAUUUGGGUGUCUUCAUGUUGUUACAAUGUCAAGAAUGCUGCUGAAAUUCUCGAGAGAAUCUGGGCUCGAGAAGCUGGGGAUGAAUCUAGCAGCUCUUGGCUGGAAUAUGUCUGGCAAUUGGAGGAGACCUGGCUAUUCGUCUAG